AUGCAGCCGGCUUGCUCCUCCGCGCUGCUCGCCGCCUUCCUCGUCGUGCUGGCUUAUUCAGCCGUGAGCUGCCGCGGUCAGCUGGCCAACAACUACUACGCCGGCAAGUGCGGCAACUUCAGCGUGGAGGCCAUCAUCCACGACGCCGUCAAGGCCCGCCUCGCGUGGGAUAAGAGGAUGGUCGCCGGCCUCCUCCACCUGCAGUUCCACGACUGCUUCGUCGCCUGCGGAGGGCCGAGCUACCAAGUGCAACUGGGCAGAAGAGACGGCAUGGUGUCACAAGCGUCAAUGGCGAGCAUUCUGCCGGGCCCCAAUGUCGACGUCCCCACCGCUAUCGAUCUAUUCGGACGGAAGGGCAUCAACGCCCUCGAGAUGGUCAGCCUAAUGGGCGCGCACACUGUUGGGGUGACACACUGCUCUGUGAUCCACAACCGGCUGUUCAACUACAAUGGCACCGGCUUGCCGGACCCGGCCAUGGACCCGAUGUACGUGUGGAUCCUGACGACGUUCGCGUGCCCUAAGGACCAGGCCUACGACAACAUCGUCUACCUCGACGACCCAUCCAGCAUCCUCCUCGUCGACAAGAGCUACUACUGCCAAAUCAUGAAGCGCCACGGAGUGCUGUCCGUGGACCAGGCUCUCGGCGACCACAACGCCACCGCGUGGAUGGUGAACUUCCUCGCCACCACCGACUCCUUCCCCUCCAUGUUCAGUCAGGCGCUCAACAAGCUCGCCGCGCUCGACGUCCUGACCGGCACCGCCGGCGAGAUCAGGAAAAACUGCCGGAGGACCAACUGA